CGAGCUUUAGUUAGAGCAGUGUCGCCUUACGGUUAGUACGAUUUAGUUAGGACCCUGUGUGCUUUUGGCUGUAUAGUUCCUGUACGUUAAUAAAAAUUUAUACCUAUAUACAUAUACACAACAAAAAAAAACUCACACACAUGUUUAUAGAAUAUUGUAACCAGAUUAAAAACACACAACCGAAAGAAAUCCGGAACAAACAGCAGCUGCGGCUUGUGUUGUAGGCUUUGUGCUCGGUGUCUCGUGCGUGUGUGUGUUCGUCUGACGCAAAAAAUAAUAGAAAAGCAACAACACAACAACGUGUGGAGAGAGAAGAAAAAAACCCGUGUCUCGUGCGUGUUGUGUCACAAAGGAAGAAGAAUAAGAAGAAGCAGCAGCAGCAGCUGAAGAAUCUCAAUUAGGCGGACCACUUGUCCUCCGGUGACAGGUGGCGAAAAGGUGUCUAUUGUUCUGUGCGUUCCUUUCCUUCUUUCUCAAUCCAAGCAGCCCAAAAGCAAUUUGAACAACAACAAAUCACACAGGAGGACAACUAAGCGGACUGUUUCUCGAUAUCCGGUCGUCGGUGUCUCGUGUAAGUGUCUCGCGAAAGCCGUCCAUUUGUGUUUAGCUCGGUGACAGCUCCCCGCGGACGCCACUGGCGGUAAUUUCCCUGCAGAAAACCCGGAACACGUCAAUAUUAAGUCGCGCCCCGCGACUCCUCCGGAACGGCGGAUAAUAAAGGGAGCGAAAAAGGGCGAAUCAUAAAAAAAACUAGUACAUAAAAAAUCAUAGCACGGAGUCCCGGAGCCGGGUCGGUCAUAAAAGGCAAGAGAGCCGUUGACUUAAGGAGAAAGCGUAGUAGGCCACGUGCGAUAAGAGGCGAGUGAACGCGCAAAAAAAAAUAAAGUUGAAAAGUGUCUGGCGAAAAAGCAGGAAGCAGCGCCUCCUACGACGACCCCGUCAUAACAGGUCGCGUGGCGCGCAGGACCCUCCCCCCUUCACACACCGAGGAGUCGACCUUUUUUUCCCUAUUAUCAUUCGCGUGAAGCAGCCUGAAAAAAGUGAGGAAAAAAGCGCCGCAUAAUCGUGUGCAUAUCGUGCAGAGAUAUUAUUUACAUUUCAUUUCGUUUUAAUAGCUUCACUCACUCCAGGUUUGCUACUUUUUUUUUUCUCUUGAGGCCCAGGGAUACAGUCCCAGUUGAGGAACAAGUUGAAACGAAUAUCCCAAGAAGGAAAACAAAGCGCAGUGUUGCCAAGUUGUGUUGUUUGGAAAUAAUUACUUUCAUUAAACAAACGAGCGAACGAGUGCUAACGAUCCGGAAUCCGGGAUCCUGGACCAGCCAGCAGUGUACGGGAAGUAGUCAAUUAUACAUGUCGGUUGCGACAACAGACGCGUACUGAACUGAAAACAGAGACAGACAAACAGAGAGUGCGAGCGCGUAUCCUUGCGUUGACCUUGAUCGAAAGCAGGCAGGCAGUAAAGCCGGAAGUACCGCACGCGCGCCCCAGAGCCGUAAGAUGUUGGCAAUGUCAACACUAAUGAUGCCCGCACCGACGAUGGCCCUGAGUGCCGCCCCCCAGCUGACCGUUGGCCCGCACAAGCCCCCGGAAACGAAGCUGCUGACGAUCCACCCGGCCGCGGCCCACUCCCAGUCGCAAACCACCCCCCAGCAUCAGCUGCACCAGCACCAGCAGCAGCAGGCGGCCGCCCAACAACAGGCCGCGCAACAGCAAGCCGCCCAGCAGCAGGCGGCGGCCGUUCAACAACAGCAGCAGCAGCAGGCGGCGGCGUCCCAGAUUGCCGCCCAGCAGCAGGCCGCCGCAGCACAGCAACAGCAGCAACUGCAGCAGCAGCUGGCCGCGACCGUCAAGCAGGAAAUGUCAUCCUCGUACCACUGGCACUUGCCCCCGGCCAGCAACGGUGGCAACGUCGUCAAGCUGCCCUGGAAGACGUCGACGAUGACGACGACGACGGCGGCCACGACGGUGCGACACCACGGUUCUAAUGAGAACUUAGAGCAUUAUCACAUAUUUGUCGGUGAUCUCAGUCCGGAAAUCGAAACGCAGACACUCAAAGAUGCCUUCGCUCCUUUUGGGGAUAUAUCAGAUUGCCGCGUCGUUCGAGAUCCACAAACGCUGAAAUCCAAAGGCUAUGGCUUUGUGUCGUUCGUGAAGAAAUCGGAAGCGGAAAAUGCAAUUGCUGCCAUGAAUGGACAAUGGCUCGGAUCGAGAUCCAUUAGGACAAACUGGGCCACCAGAAAACCCCCGGCGACCAAGGCUGAAUUGAACGCCAAACCGCUCACCUUCGACGAGGUGUACAACCAGAGCAGCCCGACCAACUGCACCGUGUACUGCGGCGGCGUCGGCGGCACCCUGGCCGGUGGCCUGAGCGAGGAGAUCCUGCAGAAGACGUUCUCGCCGUUCGGAACCAUCCAGGAGAUUCGCGUGUUCAAGGACAAGGGCUACGCGUUCGUGAGAUUUUCAACAAAGGAGGCGGCGACCCACGCCAUCGUGGCCGUCCACAACUCGGAGAUCAACGCCCAGACGGUCAAGUGCUCGUGGGGCAAGGAAAGUGGCGAUCCGAACAACGCGCCCUCGCUGGCCAGUCAGGCCCUGAGCCAAGCCGGAUUCCCGUUCAACACGGCGUACGGCCAGCAGGUGGCCGGUUACUGGUACCCGCCGGCACCGACCUAUCCGACCACGCCGGCCCCAGCUGCGGCCCCGCUGCAGGGUCAGUUCCUGCAGGGCAUGCAGGGCUACACGUACGGCCAGUUUGCCGGCUACCAGCAGGGCUACAUGGGAAUGGGAAUGCAACUGCCCGGAGCGUGGCCCGGAGUACCAACCCAGGCCCAGAUUCCGGCCACGGCACAGCAGCUGGCGCAGGCCGGAGUCGGUGGCGCUCUGCCGCAGGCCGCCGGAGUGGUCGCCUAUCCGAUGCAGCAGUUUCAGUUAGCUGACGAUGAAUGGCUGGCGCCCAGCCUGUUAGUGUAGCUCCCUUGAUGGCCAUCGUCCCUGUGCGGUUGUGUGCCGUCCCAGCCGCAGCAACAGCAUCACCAUAAGUAAUCACAAAAAAAUCAUCCGCCAUCAACCGUUCCGAAAUUUUGACGACGAGGACGACGACGACGGCAACGCCAGGGAACGGAACUAAAUCUACUUGAAAAGAAAAUGGGUGGCAUUGGAUAACAUUCAAGUAUUAAAUCAAAAUACAAAACAGAAAAACAUGAGUUGCGCGAAGUAGAAGAAAACAGUUUUGGUAUUUGUACCAAAGAAAAAAAGGCAAAAAAAAAACAAAAAAAACACAAACACAAGGCAUAUAUAUAUAUAUUGAUAUUAGGGGUUAAGAAAUACACACACACACUUAGAUAGUAACAAUGAAAGCUGUAGAGUUAAUGACGUUUGUAAAUAGUGAUAAAAGAAAUGAAGAAAAAAACACAAAAUAUUGAAGUUUAAAACAAGCAAACAAGCAGCAAUUGAUAUCAAUCUUAUUCUGAGAGAAGCAGAGGAUGAAAAACACUAGAAAUUAAGGAAACAACUACUAGCAUCAUUCACAUACAACAAAACACAGACUCACACACACAAACAGCUCUGAAUCGUCCAAAGCAAACCCAAUCUAGAGAGUGAUUAUUAACAACAAAAAAAAAAACAAAGCAACCCGUGAUCAAAGUUACACACACACAGAAAGUUACCCAAACAUCAAGCGUAUCGGCGCACAGCGAUUUGUCAUGGCGUGCUGUGAUUUCCGCAAAACCCCGCGCACACUUGGAUCGAUUUCAACCUCGACUCGAAUGCACUCACUCACUCACCCAUUCCCAAAAACUAAUGGCCAUCACGAUUAAAGUAUUACCAACCAAAAGAAAAUCUGAUAAUUUCGGUACCAAACUGUUUUUGGUCUCUGUAUAUUUUCGACGAUUUUUAAAACAGAAAAUGAAAACAACGACAGCAAUUAUUUUUCGACGUUACCUUUUAGUCCGAAACUCUGGCGAAACAGCAGAAAUGUCAAAAUAAAAGAAAAAAAAACAAAAGCAGUGCAAAGUACCCCGUACGCGAUACAAUCAGCCCGUUGUUUGAUUUUUGUGGAAUUUUACACCGAUUUUCUUCUUUCUACUUUACUUUUUUGCCAACAAAAGAGACAACCAGCCCCUUUUAAUUAGAGCAAAGUCAGCGCGAUAUCAGCCCUCUGCGGAGGAUGGAAAGCGGGUGGGAGCGAACAAUUACUCUAAUAUUUAACCAAAUAAGUUUAGUGAAAAGAAUUGAUUGAGCAGGCUCGCGGCUCCGAAGCAGAAAAUAAACAAUAUGAUAUGACACUCUUAUACAUAUACAAAAUGAACAAGCAACAUAGAUAGGAAUUAUUUUAAACGAAUACUCGUGAAAGAGACAAACAAUUUCUACUCACACACACACACUCACACCUGUCACACUAACAUUCAGACAAACAAUAGACGAAGUAGAGUGGAAAAGAUCUCUGCCGAAAGUAAAUGGCAACCAAACAAGUUAGUGAAUAGACAAUUAUUAACCUACUCACAGAGAGCGACCCAACACAAAAACACACACACACAUAAAACCACGAAGCAAUUACCUAGAGAAAGUAAAAAACAAACAAAGAAACAAUUAAUCCUAAUGGAAGCAAAACAACCAACAUAUGUUUAAAGCAUAUAGUAACUUGAACUACAAUUAUCGAACAAAAAACAAGUAUAUAACUAAAGCAAGAGCAAACACACACACGUACACACUCUCACCCACACACACACACACUAAUCAAAACUAACCCAAAGCUAUGUUGAAAGUAGUCAAAAGCAAACUAAGCAAAGAAAGCAAAACUCGUAGAAACGACUCGUAGUAGGCCGCGCACGCGCGCGCACAUGAUUUUAGUGUAUUUCUUUUUUCACAACCCGUUCUUCAAAACAACAACAACAACAGUGAUGGUGGAAAGCAAAAUGGCGACCGUUUCGUUUAUUCGUUUCUCUAGGGAGCGAUGUUAGUGCUGAAUCCCCUUUUCCUAACCCUGAACCUCUUCCUCCCCUUUUCCGCCCGCUCACAUUGCUACUUUUGACAGCUGGAAAAAAGAGGAAAAAAAAACUCUCUCUCAAAACGAUUCGCGCAAACUGUAGCCGUUCGUAGUGCCGUAGUGUUUGUUCCGUUCUGUCUGUUUUGACAGGCGAAUCGUGUUUGGUUUUGACACAAAUUCAACCAUUUUGUAUGUUUAUAGACGCAAAUCAUCACAACACAAGGUAGGCCGUCCCGUUUUCCCCCCUUUAAACCCAGUGUUCCCAGCUUGUAGUGCGUUGCGCAGUAGACGUUGACACUCUCUUUUCCGUACCCUUAGAAAACACAGCAAGCGAACGGAAGAUCCAAAUCGAAGCAAGCCAUGUAAACAAGUCUUCUAACGAAAAUUAAAAAAAAAACACACACACAGAAAACAUUAAAAUGUAAACAGAAACGUGGACGAAACGGGGCGCGAGCGCAAAUGCGGCAAAAAAAAAACAUUAUUGAAAAUCACUCCCAGAUUUUUUGAAAGGAGGCAACCAUAUCUUUAUAUAUACAUAGUGAAAGAGGUAAAAUUAGACAGGCGAUCGUGGUGUGGUAGGUGAAAUAUUCUACUAAUUAUCAGUUUCAGUCGCGAAAGUCGCGCAAAUCUAAAGAAAGCGAAAAAAACUGUGCACAAACACGAAAACAAAAAAAAACACUAACACAAACACACACAACCAUACAAAUAAAUAUAUACCAG